GCCACGGUCGCGUCGUACUCUGUCGCAUGAGCAUAUCUCUCUGUCUCGCUCUACUGGCUGCCAGACCAACCGGCGAUAUGCGCGCUGUCACCUGUUUGCUGUCACUGUGCUUGACGUACUUAGCCCACGCCCAGCGUAAUGCGGGCUGCUCGGUGGACGUGUGGCGCGUGAAGAGCCGACACGAGCCGGUGUUGGCGGUGGGUGGCACUUUGGCGCUGCCGGAUCGCGAGACGGGACAGCUGCUGCUGCCCAAUGGCGGUGUCGUGCUAGCUGGCUGUCCCGGGGCCGGCAACAGCCUCAAGCUGGACAAAGGACUCCCCCACGUCAACGCCUCCUGCACGUCGACCGGCUCCCUACAGGCGCCCGGCGGCCGCGUUACGGCUGGUAACCUGUGGUGCGAGAACCGCCCCUUGGCCGAGGCCCACAAGACGGCGCGGCGGUGCGGCCCGUCGGGCAAACUGCGCGUCUUCGAGCUGGGCUUCAACGUCUCCCGCCAAUGGCUGCCCGUCAUAGAGGCGUGCCACGACGCCGACAAGGCCAGCACCUUCUACUCGCACCACCAGCUGCUCGGGUCGCUGCUGCGGUUCCGGCGACAGCAGACGCAGCCGCGCCCGACAUUCACUCAGGGCUGCGAGUCGGGAGAGCUGUUCCUGGGCGUGUCUCCUAGCAACGCGUACUCGCCGUCCGCCGUCCAGCAGACUCUAUCGACGACGCUGGGGUCGGAGGAGAAGGCGAGGCAACUGCUCGCCCAGACGACGCUCAGUCGCGGUCACCUCGCGCCCUCCGCAGACUUCAUCCUCAACACGCAGCAGCACGCCUCCUUCUUCUACGUGAACGCGGCGCCGCAGUGGCAGAUAUUCAACGAGGGCAACUGGCUGUCCGUCGAAUCGGUGUUGCGCAACCACGCACAGCAGCAGUUACUGGAUCUGGAGGUAUGGACAGGGACGCACGGCGUACUGACGCUGAACGACACGGAGGGCCGUCAGAAGGAGCUGUACCUGGCCGAGGGCGAGCGCAUGGCGGUGCCGCUGUUCUUCUGGAAGCUGGUGCACGACCCGAAGUCGGGCACGGCGAUCGCCUUCGUGGGUGUCAACAACCCGUUCGCCGCGGGCACGACGGCAGAAGCGCAACUGUGUCCCGACGUUUGCGGCGACGCGGGGUGGGCGAGGCGCAAGUGGAACCGACCCAACAAGGGGCGCGUCACGUGCUGCUCUGCCCAGGAGCUGGCCGCCGCGGUGCCGGGGGCGCCACAGAUCCACGCUUCUGGGCUGCUGGCUGGGCCGCGCGCCUGACCUAGCCACAGUACUGGCACCUACCAUCACCUCUAGGCGAGACUGAUGUCCUCUGAUAGCAUUUUGGGCGAAUUAUUUCCAUCAAUAACGUCCCGCGUACCACUAUCCUGUUAUGGCCUCACUGUACAGCCGACACGCAGUGUGAAUAAUGUAUUACUAGAGCUGCAUUUUCACCAGUAUGAAACAGUUUCACCAUCUAUUGCCGUCAGUAGUCUAAACCGAGUCUGACGUACUUCACAGUCGAUUCAAGAUAUCCUUAUCUAACGUCAGUGUCCACAUCCACCCCAAUAUCAAAGUACUCCAUCGCUCGUGUGGUUGGUCCCAUGAUGACAUGUUAGCCGGCCAAAGAGCUUCAGUUCUACAAAUCAUCUAUACGUUUUGAAUUAGUAAAGCUUGUGAGUACUUUCCAUCAAACCAAUGUGCAAUCAUCCACCACUCACCACUACUUGGCUGCUCUGAGUGUUGUGUGCAAGACUCAGCGUCCAACAUGCCGUGUGAUCUAAAUAUUGCUGACACCUACUUCAUGAAACACUACCAUCAGCUCUACACCGACGUCUUCUAAUGAUCCCACGAAGGAACUAAUUCUGGCAACAAUAUAAUGUGACAUCUGUACAAUAUGAAACUGUUUCACAAGCUGCUUCCCUCGGAACCGCUAGUAUCUCUACGUCAAGUCUAAUCCCCUUAAUGGUCUCUUGGAGGAACUGCUCCACUGAUAACAUCUGCCAUACCACCACCCUGAUGUGGACUUCUUGCACAACCAGUGCUUAUCGCGAAUGACACCAGAGCCUGUCAUUGUUAUGCACACUAAUGUGAAUUCUUCCAGAUCUAUUGAACUUAGAUCUACUCUGACAUUUAGGCUUAAUUUUUGAUUAAGUGUAAACCACCACGUGACACCUCCUUAAGUAUCAUCCUGUAAUAACCUACUGAAAUACAGUGUCACAUCCAUGAAAACAAGAAAUUACUACAGUAUGUAUUAUAUACAACACAUAUAACAAUCUUUGGGCUCAAAAAGAAAUGUAGUACUAGUCUCUCAGUGCAACACUGAAAUUUACAGACAUGCCGCAUGACUGGAGUAUGCAGAUCUACAUACAUAUAUGCUCAUUUAUAUGAAUUAUUCCAGUGACGAAGAAAAACACCGUGAUAUGCAUUUUGGUCUGCCUCUCGUUAAAAUGGUUUCAUUUGUUACUAUAUUCAUCGCUACAAUUACCAGUUUUUAAAAUACUGUGACUGUGUAGUGACAUCCACACUAAUUAUUUGCAACAGUCCACUACUGUAGUGAACAUCAGAUCAUCUUCGGGUUGAACUUGAUAAGCAUUAUUAAUGUCUACAAGGAGCCUCUUAUAUCUACAGCAUCUACUUCAAAGGGGAAAACUAUUUCAGUGAAUGUGCAGCGAAUAAAAAAGUACACCACCAUGAAGUUACAUCAGUUUUUUUCUUCGCUGUCUCACUCAACUACCUGUUGGCCACGCCAAGGACAAAACUCUCAGCAUUAGCCACUCAAGAGUUCUAUCCAUUACUACAUGGUCAGAACCAGAAAGUUCUGCCCAUCCAUGUCCACCCUUAUACACAAUGUGUCACUAUUGCUGAAUACAGGGCUACUGUGAUCUCUUAGAUUGCAUUGUGAAUCUUCACAAUAUACUUCUGCUUCAUCAUCUACUAAGACACAAAAAUAUUUCAAAUGCUGUAUUACCAUACUCAUGGUCACGUCAAUACGAAAUUGCUCCAGAUUGGGAUAAUCUCAGUUAAUCGGAAGAUCUGAGCUACGGCCUAGACGCCAGAUCGGCGGCACUGAGAUUUAAGCACUUCUUCAUAACUGGAGCUUCCAGUAAUACAAUCCUAUCAAUACAGUAAUGUGAGAAACAUUUUAGCUGACACUAAACUCAACACUGUCAUGCUAUCUUAUUUGUAGUUGAUAUUGUCUACCUUCAACUUGUAAAGCUACUGUACAAUCACGAAUACUGAAAAGUGAAAUACGAUUUCCGCCCUGGGAAAUAAUUUUAAAGCCCGCUAUGCAGAAUGCCCUUGACAUCUCUAAAACUCUCACAGUGUGUUUUGGCUUCUGUGCCAAUGAUCAGAAUGAGUUUAACAUCCAUCCGAUAGAGCUCCCACAGGUCUUGGAUACUACUUUUGGCCAUACCAUCUAGUACACAGCAGAAUGUUUCAUCACAAUGGUAGCUGAAUAUGAAACCCAUUUUAUCAACUACUGUUUACAACAGCACCACGAUCGUUUCACAAAGAAUAUAUUACCAUGAAUAUAUUCCUGCUGCAAAUUUAUUUUCAAUAUGCACUUCAAGAUUAAUGGGCUGAAUCAUCAUAUCAGUUCACACUCACACUAGUGUGCAAUAGUUACAGUGACAAAUUGAACCACAUUAGCUUUUCAUGUUUCUAAGAAGCAUUGUGGAUCCAAGAAUUCGCUUGAAGUGUUAAUGUUUAAUUGAAAAUCAAGACAUUCCAACAAUAAAAAGCAACUGGUGCGUAAAGUUCUACUCUAUACAACAUUAAUGUGAAAUGGUGCUGUCGACCCUAGCAGUUUCAGCUCAGACCUACAUAAAAGUAGAAACAAAAUUUACCCAACGAGUACUGAAUUCGAUAUUGCUGUACAAUAAGCGUCUCUCCAAAUGCUCACUCUGAACUUUUGCCUGUAUUCCAGGAUCAGAACGUCAGUCUUACCUCUGUACCAGAACAAAACUGUUUCAUCAGCAGCAAAGCUAAUCUGAAGAAUGAUCUCUAACUGCAUCUGACAUGCUCAGUGACCACACCGCACUCAGUGCACAGUAAUAGAGGAUAGUAACACCACAGACGUACACUAAGCUGUUAUUGGACUCUGAUUUUUCGUUAGGGCGCAUCGUGAGUGUCCUAAUUAGAUGAUUCGGAAUUUUAUGGCUUUUGUAGCAUCAACGCACCCUACACCAGUAUAAAAUUGUCCAAACGUCUUUUACGUAAUGCCUUCAGAUUGAUGUAUCGAUUUUAUUGGACUACAGAAUUGUCCCAAAAUUAGUUCUAUAAGUUCUGCUCUAUUCAACAUUAAUGGAAAAGGUUAAUAAAUAUUUCAGAUCAUAAAUAAUGAGUUCUUCGUUUGAAUAGGUAGUUAACCUACACACUCAUAAAUUGCAAAGAUCCUUGUGACUUUAUUAAGGUUGGUAAGAACUAUUGCAAAAUAAUGUACCACAUCAAUAUACUUUAUGUUUACAAACAAGCAAGAAAUGAUAACCUCUCUUUGUGAAACUGAAAUAUCAGUUAUGUGAAACAUAAUAAAUAAUAAAAGUUUAUAGGGCACAAGCUUCUCUAUAUCAAUUAUUCUACAGUUUAAUUGUUUGAUUACAUAUAUUUUCACAUUCUCCAAUAAUAUUCCUUCAAGUAUGUAUACUGUUGUUAAUGUGGUCCGAUCAGGAUCAAGGUUCAGUUAGGACUUAGAUACAUCCAGUCUGUUAACAUGAAUAUAUCAGUAGUACAGGACAAAGAAGUCUCAACAAGUAUCCACAUAUUGCGUUAAUUGGCGUCUCAGAUUGACAGCAUUGAUCACUUAAGUCAUAGAUCAGAGUGUGAGUCAUUGUCUGACACUAAUUUAUCAAAAGGGUUCAACACCUAGUCCUAUUUGAGAAUGACUGUAAGAGCAAGAAUAAAAUACUUUUCAUGAA